AGCUCUUCCUGGUUGGUAGGAAACCAGGAAAUAAAUAACAACUCGGUUCUUCGACAUAUUUUCUUGGCACUAGCUAUCAGCUUUUACUGUGAAGCGUAUUGACACGUCGUACAUCUACAUAAAAAGAAAUUGUCGCCAGGCAGUGAUAAUGGCCUUUUUAAAGAAAAAAACAGUUGAUGACGUCAUCAAAGAACAGACCAAAGAGCUGAAAGGAACUCAAAGACAGAUCACCAGAGACAGAUCUGCCCUGGAGAAACAAGAAAAACAACUGGAGAUGGAGAUCAAGAAGAUGGCUCGAACAGGAAACAAGGAAGCAUGCACCAUCCUGGCCAAGCAGCUGAUCCAGCUAAGGAAGCAGAAGAACAGGACAUACGCUGUCAGUUCAAAGGUCACUUCCAUGUCCACUCAGACCAAGUUGAUGCACUCCCAAAUGAAAAUGGCAGGAGCCAUGGCUACCACCACCAAAACUAUGCAGGCAGUGAAUAAGAAGAUGGACCCUCAGAAGACACUACAGACAAUGCAGAACUUCCAGAAGGAGAACAUGAAGAUGGAGAUGACAGAGGAAAUGAUGAACGACACUUUGGACGAUCUAUUUGACGAGUCUGGGGAUGAGGAGGAGUCUGAGGGAAUAGUCAGUCAGGUCCUGGAUGAGAUUGGCAUUGAAAUUUCAGGAAAGAUGGUGAGCGCACCCUCGGCCAGCAGAAAUCUCCCCAGUGCUUCUACCUCAAAAUCAGACGGCAUCUCUGAUGAAGAUAUUGAAAGGCAGCUCAAAGCUCUUGGAGUGGACUAAAAAACACACGCUUAGUUACACACAUACAGUCACAGACACAUACCUUCAUGCUAUACAUACACUCACUCAGUGCCUGGAUACAUGCACUACACAAACAGCAAGUCUCACGUUCAGCAUGUAACCACCAACACUUCAAGCGCACACUUAAUGUUCCCUUGUUGAGUGUCCAACUCUUGACUUGCUUUCUCUGGGAUAACAGUAGUGCCAAUAAAGGCACGUACCAUUU